GAACAUUAUAGCCCUAUAUACUUCUUAAGUCACUCAUAUUGGUCCUGGCAGUGGAGCUACACAUUAAUAGCAGGCUGUGUCCUUGGCCGUUGCACUGCUAAUGCCGCCUCCAGAACAAUUUACUCAGAUGGAUGGAAGAUGGCAGUGGUUGUAACUUUUUAUUGGACGUCGCAGAUGUUUAGUUUUACACAUUUUUGUAAAGAAAGUGUUAAGAUGGCAGAAUAACCAUGGGAGACUGGAAUUUCCUCGGAGGCAUUUUAGAGGAGGUCCACAUCCAUUCUACUAUUAUUGGAAAGAUUUGGCUAACGAUCCUCUUCAUAUUUCGAAUGCUUGUCCUUGGAGUGGCAACCGAGGAUGUUUGGAAUGAUGAGCAAUCAGAAUUUAUAUGCAAUACCGAGCAACCUGGUUGCAGAAAUGUGUGCUAUGAUGAGGCCUUUCCCAUCUCUCUCAUAAGAUACUGGGUCUUGCAAGUUAUAUUUGUGUCUUCUCCUUCCUUGGUGUAUAUGGGUCAUGCCUUAUACAGACUAAGAGUCUUGGAAAAAGAGAGGCAAAAAAAGAAAGCUCAGGUAAAGGUGGAACUUGAAAGCACCAAAUUAGAAAUGACUGAAGAUCGUAAAAGGCUGGAGAGAGAACUCCGGCAAUUGGAUCAAAGAAAGCUAAAUAAAGCACCCCUGAGAGGCUCUUUGCUCUGCACUUACGUGAUACAUAUUUUCACACGGUCUGCAGUGGAAGUCGGUUUUAUGAUUGGGCAGUAUCUUCUUUAUGGCUUUCAUCUAGAUCCCCUUUAUAAAUGUCAGAGAGAUCCAUGUCCAAACACAGUUGACUGCUUUGUAUCUAGACCAACAGAAAAGACAGUCUUUAUAUUAUUCAUGCAGUCAAUAGCGACUGUAUCAUUGCUUUUAAAUAUCCUGGAAAUUAUCCACUUAGGAUUCCGAAAAAUUAAAAUAGGACUCUGUGAGCAGAAUAAAAACAAGGAUGACUCUGACAAUUUCCACAUAAACACGUCUAAGAAAUACUCUGUGAUACCGCAAUCUUCUUUCGGAAUACCCACCACCCCUCAGAAAACUCUUCCUUGUGCACUUAGCAGUUAUACCUUUUUAAUGGAAAAGCAAACCGACACUACCGUCUACCCGGUUCUAAUUUCUCCUUCUCUGUUUCAGUCUGUGCAAAAUAAUCAUACAGAAAGCAGCAGUAAUUACACCCAUUGCAAUCAGGAGAAUAAAUUGCCAAAGAAGAGGCCAACUACAAAUGCCUUAGACAAUCAGACUCAAAAUAACAGCAUGAAUAAUAAUGAGGGUUUUCUUGGCGAGCUUGGGACUGAAGCGCAUGAUGCACAAAAAGAGGAUGAAAAGAAACAUUUCCUUGUUGUUACUCAGAAUGCAGAUAUGGCUUCAAACAUGUGUUUGAGAAGCUUUACUGACAUGCCAUCUCAAACUUCACUGCAACCCAAUACAACUUUUCCUUGUACCAGUUUUAGGCAACAGCACGGAAUUGGUUCGUCUUGGAACUGCUCAGCAACGGUUGAGAGCGCAGGAGCUUUGACAAAUUCUCUUCCAAAAAACAGCAACAGAAGACAAAGCAGUUUCAGCGCAAACAACGCCCAAACUCCUUACAAUACUGACGUAAAAAAUUUUAGCCGACCAGACACUCCUGACUCUACAGAGGAGGGUCAAAUAUUUCAUUUCAUCACAGCACCUUGCCAACAGAAAAGUGUAACUUAA